AUAAGUAAUUUAAUAAUUUAUUUAUUAAAUAAUAACUUACUCAGUUAGAAAUUAAAAAAAAUUAAGUUAAAAUGAGUUUAUUCUAAAAUAUAAUGGCAAUCCUUAUUAAAGAUUCUCUAUGUAAAAUAUCUUCUAAAUGUAUAUUUAGAGGAUAUUUUACAUAUGUAAUAGUAUAUUUAUUUUGGCAUUUAGACAAAACAAAUAGAUUAAACAUUUUAAGCAUUGUUUGCGUAUUUAUGUCAUAGUUUUUAUUUAUUUAGCAAGUGAAUAACCCAGUGGCAGAAUUUAAGAAGAUCUGUACAGAACCUUUCACAGUCAAUUCAAAUAAUAACAUUGGGUCUGUUAAUUGUAGCUCCUAUAGUUCUUCCGCUUCUAUGCUAAGCGGGGACGAUUCUUCAUACAAGACUUGUGCAUCUCAAGAUACUCUAUUUACAGAAUUAAAUGAUAACCAGGAAAAAGGUUUACAUGAUAUAUCAAUUGAUAAUGAAUCAUACAAUGAUACGGUACCAUUAGAACCAUUUAAAAAUGAACUAAAGUGCUGGAGUUUAAAACAUGGCUGCACCAGACAAUGUGUAAACGACUUAUUAAAUAUUUUGAUUCGAAAUGGUCACAAGGAACUGGCAAAAGAUGCAAGGUCACUUUUAUGUACUCCAAAGGUUGUUUCAACUACUUCCAUGCAUGUUGAAGGAAAAUAUAUAUAUUUUGGUGUAAGGCAGGGCAUUGAAAAUAUUUUGAAACACCAUAUCUUUAAUGAAACUCAAAUCAAAUUAAUAUCAAAUGUAGAUCGGCUUCCUGUUUUUAAAUCCAGUUCAUAUCAAAUAUGGCCUAUACUGUGUCAAUUUGGGCAUUUCAAACCUUUUGUGGUUGCAUUGUAUGGUGGUGUAAAGAAGCCAAUAUCAUCUGAGUUCUUAAAUGACUUUGCAAAAGAGCUACAAACCUUUGAUAGUCCUAUUGCAAUAUGUGGGAAAGAGUAUAGUAUUUCUGUAUUUGCUAUUUCAUGCGAUUCACCUGGUAGGUCACUUUUAAAGGGUACUGUUGAACAUUCGGGAUAUUAUUCAUGUGAAAGAUGCAAUGAAGUUGGUGUUUCAAUAAGGAAUCGUAUUGUUUUUACCAAUACAAAAUUAAAUAUUUUACCCAGAACAAAUACUGAAUUGAAAGCUGGAAUUUAUUCUCAGGCUGACAGCUUUGGUCGGUGUCACCAUCACUCAUUGACUCCUUUAUAUAAAGUUCAUAGUAUUGAUAUGGUUUGUGAUUUUCCUCUUGAUUAUAUGCACUUAGUUUGUUUGGGAGCCAUGUGUCGUAUUCUUUAUUAUUUUUAAGGUGCAUAUAAAGGAAUUUUAAAAGGACGUUUGUCUGCUUCUUCUAUUGGUCAAAUUUCUUGCCGGCUUACUAAUUUAAAUGGCAAAUUACCUACUGAAUUUGCACGUCAACCUAGGUCAUUAAUUCAGUUAAAUAGAUGGAAAGCUACAGAGUUUAGAAUGUUUUUAUUGUAUGUUGGAAUUGUUGCUUUAAAGGGUAUUCUUGAUCAUAAGGCGUACAAACAUUUCUUGAGUUUAGUAUUAUCCAUCCGUAUGCUAUGUGAAGACAAUAAUGAGACAAGAAGGAUAUUUUUAAGUUCCGCAAGACAACUUCUACUUUACUUUGUCUCAAAUUGUCAUGAACAUUAUGGGGACACUUUUUGUGUAUACAAUAUUCACAGUCUCAUUCAUAUUGCUGAUGAUGUGGAAUAUUUUGAUGCACCUUUAGAUUUUUUUUCCUGUUUUCAGUUUGAAAAUCAUUUACAAAUGCUUAAACAUUUAGUUAGAGGACGAAAUAAUCCUCUAAUAAAAAUCUCCAAACGUCUCAGUGAAUCAAAGGGCAGUUUUUUGUGUCAAGAAAAAACUGUUACAAAAAUUAACACAUCUAAAAAUUCUUGCUUUUUGACCAAAAGUCAUGUAAUUUUUGUAAAAGAAACUUUAGUUAAUGGUAAUAUAGUUUGUGAUGUUUUAAAAAAGGAAAGAUUGGACAAUUUUUUUGACGAUUUUGUCGAGUCUAAGACUCUUAAUAUUUAUUGUAUUAGAGCAAACCAUGUUUGUAUGAGUCGUCAAAUCAGCAAAGACAGAUUAUUGCGAAAAUGUUUGUGUUUACCAUUUAAAAAUGACCAUAUAGUUAUCUCAUUAUUGAAUGAUGUUAAAUUUUAAUGUUGUACUUGUAAUUAAAUAAAUUAGAUUAUAGCCAUGAAAUGUGUACUUUCUUCUAAAUUUUGGAACCAUUUUAUUCUCAGAACUAAAUUGAUCUGAUAUAACUGUUAUAAAUAUUUUUGUUAAGUAUACAGUUUUUGCAUAAGAAAAGUUAGUAUUUUUUUUUGUCUUGUUGUGCCUAUGAAUUGUGUUCCCUGUAGAAAAUUCAACUUUCUUUUAUUUCAGAUUGUUCAGCACAAUUGUUAUUGAAAAAGAUGGAGCAGAUACAAAAACUAUUGUGCCUUCUCAUUGGGUUGACCCAUGUAAAAGUAUUGUGUUUUAUCCACCACAAGGACGGAAAACUGUUGCUGUUUAUCUAUCUGAAUGGGCAGAACCUGAGGUAGGCUGGCAAGAGUUUAAACUGAUAGAAUAUAUUUUUGAAGCUGGCAGCUUCAAAACAGAAGAUGAGGAUGAUGAUGUACCUAUUUCGAAAAAGUUUGAAAUAAUUGUUAAAGAAAGAGUUGCUAGUCCAAAACUUAAGCUUGGUGGAAUAAAAACAAAAUUUCAAUAUUUAGACAAACAUGAUGACGUUCUUAGUUCAAACAAAUUUGAAGUUAAAGAAAGAGAGAAAGUAGUUUUUUGGAUCCUGUGGCUUCUACUCCUAGUAAAAUGAUUGAUGAUGAUAAUAGAGAUAGUUGUAAAUGUGUUGAAAAGUUAAGAAAAAUUGGUGAUGGUAGAGUUUUGUUUAAAGAGAUGCCAAAUGAACGUGAAUUUUUUUGAAUUUCAAUAUACUUUGUUCAUGGAUAUCCAGAAAAAUUUUCGCCAGAUCUAAGAUAUGCAAGCUCAAAUCCUAGAUAAGCUUAAAAACAUUGAACAAAGUGGAGAUGUUGAUUUUAGUUUGAAUGUUGACGAUAUUGAAAAAGAACCAAUAAAUUCAAUUGAGAGAUUCGAUAUUAUUGAAAAUAUGUUAAAAACAAGCACAAAUGCAAGAAAAUGCAAGGUUACUCAAAUUAGAGUAGUUGGAGAAGCGACUCCACUGAAAACGAUUAAAAAUGUUUUGAAUGCAGUCAUGACCCAAGGUAUUCAGGCAUUGUUUAGCAAGGACGGUAGAAAAGGAAAGAGAAAAUUUACAGACACUGCUCAUUAUAAAUGCAGAAGCUAUUGCAUUUUAUUUAAGACUGACUAUUUUUUCUAACAGUAAACAGAGGAACAUGAAGCAGUAGUUCAUUGCUUAUUUUCUGCUAUUCAUUGUUUGCAAAUAUAUUUGCGGUUUUUCGUUUUAGUUUAGUUUUUUAUGUACGACCUUCCAAAACUGAUAACAUAAAGUCGUUGUUGGUGACAAAAUUGGGUACGAUGCAAGCAGCAUCGAAGGUGCCAUUGGCGACAUAUUGAAACGAGCCAAAAAAUUCCUAGAUUGUAUUUAUUAUAUAUGUUUAAAAAUAUUAUUAUUUUUA